AUGUUCAAAGCCGCUCUCCUCAGCCUUUUCGCCGGUCUUGCCAUCGCAUCGCCCAGCGCCGUCCAUGCCCGCGAUGCUCUUCCGGUCCUUCAUAACGGACAGAACAUCACUUGGGACUACAAAGACGUAUUUUUGGAUGAGACCAGCCGCUUUGGCAUGGGUCUACUUCGAAGCAACGCGGCGCUGCCCCCUACAGUCGUUGCUGAUGGGUGGGAAGGUCCUGUUGUCCUCAAUAUCCUUGAUCAGGAUGUAAUUCCGGCGACCUAUGUCUUGCAGUACCCCUUCUUCCAGAAUGGAUCGACCUAUACCGCCCAACUCUUCGAAUACAAUGCCAAUACUUUAGCGGUCACCGUACCCCAAGUCCGAAGCACCACGUUUGUGUGGGUUAACCAGCCCGGCCAGAAUAUCUGA